UCCUGUUAUUUUCUCAGCUCCACACUCUAUCCAUUCCAUCAGAUCAAAUCCUAGAGUUGAAAUGAGCAUGUUGAAGCCCCAACUCCGCCUCCUCACUUGUCUCCUCCUUCUCGCCCGGUUAUCUCGGGCCGACAUCGGGACCGCCAGCCGUUAUUCCCCUCCCUACACUCCCACGGCGUGUUACGGCAAUGACUUCACGGAGUUUCCGACGAGCAACCUGUUCGCGGCGGCCGGGGAGGGGAUUUGGGACAAUGGGGCCGCGUGCGGCCGCCAGUAUCUGGUGCGCUGCAUCAGUGCCCCCGUGCGGAAUUCGUGCGUCCCGGGCCAGACCAUCCAGAUCAAGAUCGUGGACCGGGCCCAGACCUCCGCCUCUCGCCCCUCGCGAUUUGGCUCCAGCCUUGUCUUGUCCGAUACCGCCUUCUCUGCCAUUGCCAAUCCCGCCGUCCAUUACCUCAACGUCGAGUACCAACAGCUUUGAACUUGAUUUGGAUAUAGGGUCUGCAAACGAAGCUGUCACUACACAUUUUUUACUUCCAAGUUAUCAUUUAUUUAUGUAGAAAACUAAAGUUGAAGAUUGAGUACUUUUCUCUAUCGUCUUUAUCUGUAAUUUUCCUAAUUGUUUUCAGUUUUUUAAGUGUGGACACGCCUUCAUGUUCA